AUGUUAACGGAUCAUGCUCUCUUCCACAGGUAUAAGAGUUUGGUCACUGGAACCCGAGCAAGAAGAGUCAUUGUUGCCCUGUGGGUCCUUGCUUUUGGCAUUGGACUGACUCCAUUCCUGGGGUGGAACAAAAGAAGCAAUGUCAAAAACUGCACAGAGUCCUUAAAUGGAACCACCAAUGAAAGCUGCUGUCUUGUGACCUGUCUUUUUGAGAAUGUCGUUCCCAUGAGCUACAUGGUAUACUUCAACUUCUUUGGGUGUGUCCUGCCCCCACUUCUCAUCAUGCUUGUGAUCUACAUCAAGAUCUUCAUGGUGGCCUGCCAGCAGCUUCAGCACACUGAGCUAAUGGAUCAUUCAAGGACAGUUCUGCAGCGGGAAAUCCAUGCAGCCAAGUCCCUGGCCUUGAUCGUUGGGAUUUUUGCUCUUUGUUGGCUGCCUUUACAUGCCAUCAACUGUGUCACUCAUUUUAAAUUAGAUAAGGCUGAUGAUAAACCCAAGUGGGCAGUAUACAUGGCUAUUCUCCUGUCACAUGCCAACUCUGUUGUCAAUCCCAUUGUGUAUGCCUACAGGAACCAAGACUUCUGCUAUACUUUCCACAAAAUCAUCUCCAGGUAUGUCCUCUGCCAGACAGAUGUCUUUAAGAGUGGAGCCUGCCCUCAGUGUUGGCCUAUGACCCAGGCUCUGGCCUUUCUUUUUUUUAAUUUUAUUUUUUUUAUUUUUUAAUUUCUUUCUUUAUUGGGGAAUUAAUGUUUUUCAUUCAAUAGUAAAUACAAUAGUUUGUACAUGCAUAACAUUCCCCAGAUUCCCAUUUAACAAUACAACCCCCACUAUGUCAUUUAUCAUCUUUCAUGGACCUGUAUUCUCCCCACCCACCCACCCACCCCAGAGUCUUUUACUUUGGUGUAAUACUCCAAUUCCAUUUCAGGUUUGACUUGUGUUUUCUUUUCUAAUCUUGUUUUUCAACUUCGGCCUGAGAGUGAGAUCAUCCCAUAUUCAUCCUUCUGUUUCUGACUUAUUUCACUCAACAUGAUUUUUUCAAGGUCCAUCCAAGAUCGGCUGAAAACGGUGAAGUCACCAUUUUUUACAGCUGAGUAGUAUUCCAUUGUGUCUAUAUACCACAACUUACUCAGCCACUCAUCUGUUGUUGGACACCUGGGUUGCUUCCAGGUUUUGGCUAUUACAAAUUGUGCUGCCAAGAACAUAUGUGUACACAGAUCUUUUUGGAUGGAUGUGUUAGGUUCCUUAGGAUAUAU